AUGGUUCCUAACACCACUCAGCUGCAGUCGUCGGCCCUGUUAAAAAAUCAAAGCUUUCGCAAUGAUGCUACCUACUCUAGGUAUCUUCGUAGUUUCCGUGAUCGGCCUCUAUAUCCUUCCUUCUCCAUUCAGCCUACCACCUUCUCAAAAUAUGAUAUGAAUAUCCCUGCAUAUCUUAGGAAUCUAGGAUGGGAGUCUCUGGUCACAAAUCUGCGGUUUAGUCAAUGUCCUGAGGUUGUUCGUCUCUUCUAUGUCAAUCUUAGAUGUGGUCCUGGGAAUGAUCCAAACUUCUUCACCACACUGGUUUAUGACUAUGAGAUUAAAGUGACGCCUGAGUUGCUGGCGUCAGUCUUGGAACUCCCUCAUGGUGGGAUUCAAGCUGGAACAGACAGGGAGUUCUAUCAGUCUGGCUUCCGGUUUGAUCACGCACUUGAAUUCCUGGCUCGUAACAUAGGCCGCUGGUUUCCAUCCAAACUCGCCGCUGGCAGGUUGCCAGAUGAUCUCAAGCACAUGAUAAAGUUUGGGCGUGAAUACUACAGUGGUCCAUUGCCAUUUGGCCCUCAAAUCAUGUGUUUUCUAUACCGUCUGGGCAUUGACUUACGUGAUAAAGUUAUUGUCUGUGAUGUUCUGGAUGAUUUGCGUCCUCAGCACGUCCUUGCGCGUCUCGAUGCAUUGGUUGGUCCCCGUAAGCCUGUCACUAGCUCAGGGGGAGUGAACAUUCAUCAACAGAUUGCCACCUCGGCUCUUGUUAAUGCAGCUGCUGCAGCAUUUAAACAAGAUGCUACUACCAAGAGUGGUCCAAAGAGGAAGCUAAUGCUUGAAAAGGAUUUGAUGUUACCAAAGUUUGUAUAUGAGUCUAAUCAGAUCAGUGAUCCGAUUACUCCAGAUUCAGACUCUGGUGAUGAGGAUAGGGUUUCAGGAUAUGCAUCACCUCCUAACUAUCCAUUUUAA